AUAGCAUUUGUGCGGAUUCAAGUUAAAGACGUAAUUUACACGAUUUAGCGGAGGUAAUGGGGCUUUUUUCUUCCGGAUUGGUGUGAUUUGAUCAACACUGUUAAGAAAUGGAAUCAGAUGAUAGGCGACAGUUGGAUGAUGUACCUCCUACUUUGAAAGAAAAGUUGAUAAAAUUAAUAGAGUUGAAAAAGGUUCCUUUGGAGCAACUAGCAACUGUCUUGAGUAUUCAUGACACCUUUCAUUUUACAUCAGUUGGUGAGCUUGUUAGCCAUUAUGAAAGGAACAAUCAAGCAUUGUCAUUAGAAAAGUGGAAACUUGUAUUUACAAAUCUUCAAUUGUCCAAGGAACUUGCAGAUCUUUUGGCUGAUCAUUGGGGAGACAUGAUGGAUGGAGUUGACCGCCAUGGCUCUCUACCAGCAGAGAUGUCACUUCCAGGAACUUUUAGCUGUAGUCGUGACUUGGAUGAGCCAAUAGACUUUUCUCCACAGGAUAAACCUUUCCUUCUAGUGAAUGAUCCUCCAUUAUCAUUGCAAGUCGCUGAGGCUAGAGCAUGUGAAUACCAAGGAGCCAUUCCAGAGAGGAAACAGGCUCAGCCUCCAUACAGCACUGUUGAACCUAAAGUGAGGCAGGAAUUAUUGACAGGCCUAUCAGUUAGAAGGUCACUUUUAAACCAACCCCCCAUACCAGGGGGAGAUUUUGGAAAUGACUGUCAAUUCAGUUCUUCCUCUCCACAAUCGAUUGAAAGUGCUGUGGGGAAUGCUUCUUGUUGUGAAAUUCUCUGUAAUUCUUCAGCAAAAGAUGAAAAUCAAGAAACUGGGUUCUUCUCAGACAAAGGUGACUCACACACUCAGAUAACAUCAUUCUCCACUGCUAUAAUGCACACACUUGCUUUGGAGAAUGAAGGAAAUCGGUUCCAAAACAGUGAAUUUACUGUUACACCUGUGGUUGGAAAAUCUAAACAUAAGCUUCAAUCACUGGCAAGCCUCUCAGAAGAUUCCAACAAGCAGCCAGAUCAUUUAAGAACCCCAGCAAGACCCAACACACCUGCUCUAUAUCCUUUAUCAACAUAUGUAGAGGAUAACCCCAGAGCAAGGGAAUACCAAGGAGCCAUUCCAAAAAGCAAAAGGUAUCAGCCCCGACACAGCACUAUUAAGCAUGAUGUCAGGCAGGAAUUAUUAACAGGUCUACUGGGUAGUGAGUCAGAUUUGAAUCUACCCUCUAUACAAGCAGGACAUUUUGGAAUUGAUUGUCCUCAAUCUGGUUCCCCUCCUCCAGAGUCAAUUAAAAAUACCUUAGGGCAUGAAGAUGUCCAGUACCAAAACAGUACAUCUACAUGUACUGUUAUACCUGAAGUUGGAAAACCUAAACAUCAGAUUCAGUCACUGUCAAGCCUCUCGGAAGAUUCCAACAAGCAGUUACAUCUCUUUGAAAUAACCCCAGCCAGACCCACUACUCCUGAAGGAACACAAUCUGGAGGAAACUCCCCCUCACUAGUGACAGGACGUCAUAACAGCAGGCCAAACCAGACUAAUCUAGCUGAUGUGGAAGCUGGCAUCCCAGAAAAUGGUGAAGAAAAUGGUGAAGAAAAUGGUGAUGAAAAUGGCAGAGCUGUAGAACAUUAUGAUGCCACAGAAAAUAAUGGUCUUCUGGAGGAAACUCAACAGGAAUUGGAAUCCUUAAAGAAAAGUGUCCUGUAUCUUGCAAAGAAACUAGAGGAAAGGGAUUCAUUUUGUCAGAUUCUCUUAGAUGAUCGGUUCCAGCUGAGGCAGACUUUAGAGGAAUCCAGGCAGCGGUGUGAUGAUUUAGUGGGGGAAAGGAAUAAUUUGCAGGCAGAAAAUGCAGAGCUGAGGAGGCAUUUGGAAGAAAACGAACAGGUUACCAAUACGAUGAUUGAGGAAAAUCGCCGGUUGUGUUUGCUGGCGGCAGGGUCGCUGUUUGAGGCAAGGAGAGCAGACGAUGUUGCUUCAGGAGGAAGAAGAGCAGUCGUAGAGUUGGACCAUACGUCGGAUAGCGGUGAGGAGGUUGAACCAGACAUUGAUGAGCAGCCAGGAUCAUUUCCCCUAGAGUCAGACGCGGACGAUUCCAGUGAUGACGAGUUCUAUGAAGCACGUGAUGAAUGGUUCCUCUGAAUGCAAAGUGGAAUACUAAAUUUGCUUCGAACGGUAGUUUAUUGGCUGAAGAAAUUAGUAAAUAGACACGUCGGUUUUCACUUGUGUUGUACAUAUUAAAAUUAGACGCAUACCUGUAGAUGCUCAUAAUGGCCCAGCUAGGCACAGUCUGCAUUCAUUUUUCACGCACAUUUCAUGUGGAAUUCUCUAUGUGAAAGGCAUAUGGAGAAUGCGAUCUCUCUCACACAGCGCUGUCACAUGCUUUUUAACGAGUUUUUUAAGCCGACCUGUGAAAAAAAGAUGUAAGCAUACUUGUGCUCUAGAGCCUCGACAACGAUUUACCUCAGGCGUUCUACGGAGUGCUUGGGUAACAAGUGUCAUUAGUUUUUGCUAAUAUGUAUUUAAUACUUUGUUCGAUGACUGCCAAAAGGUUUAGUGAUUUCUUGUACAUAGUCGUAGAUGAAUGGAUUGUAUGUGAACGUUUUUAAUAAUGGAAGAUUCUUCCAAAAAUUCUUAAUGAAAAAAAAAAUAGUGUUCAGAUUCAUGGAGAAAAGCAAAAAUUAGUUUUUCCUCAUUUGGAGCAUCAAUUUUGACUUGGAAUUUGGCGAUUUCGUAUAUAAAUUGAAAUGCACAAUAAGCAUUUAAGAAAAAUGCCACCUAAGACGAUGCAGUUUUGAAAUCUUCACUCAUAGGAGGCAAGGUUAUUUAUCGACUAAUAUAUACCUAAGCAUGGACAUAUAUUGAUUUUUAGUAAUUUAUACAUUAUACGUCGUGAGAUUUUAGAGACAAAUACAGGAGACGAAAUAGUUCUUUAGUUUAUGGUGGUAAGUAAAUAACUGGACAUUUGUAGAUAUAUUUAUGAUGGACAUGAAGGCAACAUGGUGACUUUUUCAGAGUGUGAUUCUAUGGUAACGUUAAAAGUUUCCAAUAUCACUACAACUAUUUUUACGUAUGAUGCACGAUCCUCGCAGUAGAUAGC